AUGUUGGUUCUCAUAGUGGAGACUAUGGGUGGACAGUGUGGAGAUGGUUUCCAAGUCCGCAACCUCACAUGUGUAGUGCACGAUGCAUCUGUUCCUGUUACCUCCAGACCAGUGGAAAAUGCUUUAUGUGGUGAGCUACCACCAAAAGAGAGUGUGCUGCAAUUACCCUGUUCUGUGCCUUGCCCAGGUGAUUGCCACCUGACAGAGUGGUCGGAGUGGAGCUCUUGUGAGCUCACGUGCAUUGGUGGCCGGAGCUUUGAGACAACAGGUCGCCAGUCUCGGUCAAGGACAUUUAUAGGUCAGGCUUUUGAGAACCAAGAGAGCUGUUCUGGACAAGUCAUGGAGACGCGGCCUUGCUCAGGAGGGAAGUGUUACAGCUAUCUGUGGAAAACCAGCCUUUGGCAAGAAAAUGAGCGCACCGUGUGGUGUCAACGCUCAGAUGGGAUAAACGUCACAGGAGGGUGUUCUCUUCAGACCAAACCAGCUGAAAUUCAGCACUGCAGUCCAGCAUGCAGGAAACCCUUCUCCUAUUGCACACAGAAAGGAGUCUGCGGAUGUGAGCGAGGAUAUACAGAAAUAAUGAGAUCAAAUGGCUUCCUGGAUUACUGCAUGAAGGUACCAGGUUUAGAAGAUAAGAAAGCUGAUGUUAAGACUAUUGCUGGAAAAAAUAAACCUGUCAACUCGAAAAUGCAUGACAUUUUCAAAGGAUGGUCUAUUCAACCUUUUAAUCCAGAUGGUAGACUGAAGAUGUGGGUAUAUGGAGUAUCCGCUGGUGGGUUCCUCAUCAUCAUUGUCAUGAUUUUUACAUCCUACCUUAUGUGCAAAAAAACAAAACAGAAUCAAAGCCCUCCUCCACAACAGAAGCCUCUCACCUUAGCCUACGACGGCGACGUGGACAUGUAACAGGAAAAAAGAAGCCCAAACGUAGACAUCCACUGCCUUAACUGCUUUCUUUUUUUGUAAGUCGCAGACUUCUCAGUUUUUUGAGGAAUCUCCUGAUGUGUAAUAUGCUGGGCAGAACAGAAAGAUGGCAAACCUAGACUGUUGCCACCUCUUACAAAAAAGAAAAAGAAAGAGUCAAAGACUUGGAUCCUGUGAAAGAGUGCUGAAGGAACCAGAAAACACAUCUCUUCCUGUUGAGCAAUGGGAAUAUAAAAUAAAAAUCUACAGACGUCAAAAGGCAUUACUAAAAAUAAAUAAAAAGGCAUGACAAUCCUGAGGAAAAUGUGACAUUUAUUGUAAAUGACAAGUUUGACACAGCAUCAUUAUGCACUAUAUUAGUGCAGGGCUCUUUAUUCUUCACAUAUUUCAACAAUGAGUUUUCUAGUGUUUACAUUUCGUUCGAAAGACUUUAAAACUGGAUCAUGCAUUUUGAGGACCACAAAGAAGAAUGAGUUGAAGUGUCUGAAAUUAUCAGUUUUUUUAAAGUUUAUUGCUUCUUAUCCUGUUUUCUAGUCUGGAAUAUGAUUUUUGUUUCAUUUCCACCUAUAGGACAGAAUAAGGAUUGGUAUGAAAAAGCCUACGUGGUUUCUUAACUGAAAAUAUUUUUGAAAGAGUUGAGUAGAUGGGUGUUUUGAUGGGUGGCUAAAGGACUUGAUUGUUUGAAAAGUAUUUUGAAUUAAAUUAAACCAUGUAGAUACAUUAUGGCCAGUUUAAAUUGUUAUUCAGUUUAAUUAAUACAAACUCUGCUUUUGUAUUUAAAUUUUCUUAUCUGAAAUAUUUAUAAAUUCUUUUUUCAAAUUUAAUUACCUGACCUCAUUUAAUAUACAUCUAACACAAAUACUGUUUGUAGAAGGUCUUGCUUUUUUAAAUGUUUCAAAACUGCUGAAAAGCUACAUAUUGUAAACAUCUGGGAACAUUUGAAGAGGAUAAGUGUUUAUAAUAGUACAUGUUGCAAGUAAGAAAGUGCCAUCUUGUGGUAUUGGCUUGUAUUUAUAAGCAAAUAAAAUGCUAAGGAGAGUGAGAAUAUUGCUUCUGGUAUAUUGAAUUAAA